CGGCGCUUUCAAAGCUUCCCAUCAGUCUACACCAAACAACAGCAUAGUUUGUAUCGAAACCCAUAUAUUUGACGGGCUACCCUCUCUUCUUAGCUCUACAUACAUACAUUCAUUGCAAACGACUAGAUUGAGUUAAGGGUUUGUUGUACUCUCUCUCUCUACAAAGCAUUCUCUAGAUUGAAUAUGGCAGCAAGUGCAACUCCUAGUUCUCAAAUUUUGGCACCAAAGCCUUGCCUUUCCUCGUUCCGUAAAAUCUCCAGAUCAAGCAUUGCAUAUUUUGCUAAUGAAACCAACAGCAUAUCUUUUGCAAAGCUUAAGAGCUCGUCAUUCAUCCCUACAACACAGCCUUUUGCCCAAAAGUACAGCUGCAGUCAGUCUAAAUUCGAAAGACAUGUUGUAAAAGCAGCGUCUGGAGAAAGCGAGAAACAGCCAUUGCAGGGGUUGCCUGUUGAUCUUAGAGGGAAGAGAGCAUUUAUUGCUGGUGUGGCCGAUGACAAUGGGUAUGGAUGGGCAAUUGCGAAGUCUCUCGCUGCUGCAGGUGCUGAAAUUCUUGUCGGCACAUGGGUCCCGGCACUGAAUAUCUUUGAGAGCAGCCUACGACGAGGAAAGUUUGACGAAUCGCGAGUGCUGCCUGAUGGUUCUUUGAUGGAAAUUACAAAAGUCUAUCCACUGGAUGCAGUUUAUGACUCUCCCGAGGAUGUUCCUGAAGAUGUCAAAGCAAACAAACGCUAUUCAGGAUCUUCAAAUUGGACUGUGAAGGAAGUUGCUGAAUUGGUGAAACAGGAUUUUGGCACAAUUGAUAUUCUUGUGCAUUCACUUGCCAAUGGUCCAGAGGUUAUUAAGCCACUUCUCGAAACAUCCAGAUAUGGGUACCUCGCUGCAGUCUCUGCAUCUAGUUAUUCCUUUGUUUCUCUUCUCAAGCAUUUUCUUCCUAUCAUGAAUCCUGGUGGCUCCACAAUAUCUUUGACAUACAUUGCAUCUGAGAGGAUAAUUCCAGGAUAUGGAGGGGGCAUGAGUUCUGCAAAAGCUGCACUCGAGAGUGACACGAGAGUGCUGGCCUUUGAAGCUGGACGAAAGCACGGUAUCAGGGUCAACACCAUUUCUGCCGGGCCAUUAAGAAGCCGUGCUGCAAAGGCUAUCGGAUUCAUCGACAUGAUGAUAGACUACUCCCUGGAAAACGCCCCUCUGCAGAAGGAGCUCACUGCAGAUGAGGUCGGGAAUGCUGCUGCCUUUCUAGCGUCGCCAUUGGCAUCAGCCAUCACCGGCACAAUGGUUUACGUUGACAAUGGUCUGAAUGCAAUGGGAGUCGGUGUUGACAGCCCAGUUUUCCGCGAUCUCGACAUCCCAACAUCCCGGACGAACUGAGAGGCUCAGCGGCUUAGAAAGAAGGAACAAACUUGAGUGAGAGUUUUGAUGAUCAAGGAAUAAUCGUUGGGCUUGUCAUAUCUGUCUUUAUUUAUCUCUCAGUUUAGACAGGCAGUUGAUAACUUUAUGUACUUUGGAUCGAUCUCAUUCGUGAAUCAGAACCACCCGUGUUUGCCAUUCGCAAUAACCAUAAACAUUAAUUAGCCUUUC